AUGAUGAGCUUGAAUCCGCGGUCUGUUUGCCUCGAAGUUAGCUUGUUUUGUUCCCGCGAAUGUGAAAGAAACGUCUUCCAGUCUGUGGAAUUACGCAUAUUUGUAACUGUUGUAGAGCGAUGUUUCUUAUGUGAAGCGUACGAAAUACCAUCAUUACAUAUAAUAAAUAUUCGAGUUCGCCCGACAGGUGAUACAUGCACGAAAGUCGGUUUGAAUUCGUCGCCUGAGCAUUACUAUCUUAUAUUUGACGGACAUGAACUGAACAUCAAUAAUACGAUCCGAGAAUCGGGUAUAAUCAAUGUCACAGAGAAUUCUAAUCAUAAUUACCCAGAACUACGAUUAAAAUUUUUAUAUCAACUCCAAGAAUCCAGUCAUAUUGCCGCACACGUUGUGCUUACCUCACCUGAAGAACUCGUUUACCGUGAAGUUUUCGAGAUACCCGAUUCACCAACAAAACAAGACAUUAUGCCUGAUUUUUUAAAGCCAUUGAUUGAACAAACCUGUAAACAUAAAUCGCAAUCUUCAGCAUUCUCGUCAAAAUUAAUUUCAAUGCCCGUCUUUACAAAACAAGUUCUUGAUGAAUUGCCAUCUGUACAUAUAAGUGUACCACUAAAACCAAAUGAAUUUGAUUGGAAUGAAUUUUUGCAAUACCUGGCCAUCGAUCUCGAAAUUGACAAAAAUGACAUGUUUUUAAUGAGUGCACAAGAAGGAAGCACGAAAUAUGAAAUCAAGUUCAAGGCUAUAAUUUCAAUGUCUCCGCAAAAAAUGAAGAAAAUUUCUGAGAAAAUUAGUUUGAUCGUUUUACCAACUAGCAAAAGUGCUGAGUUUAUCGCUCAACAAAAGUUAUCCGAUGAUAUUAAAGAAAUUCCGAAAACUGAAGCAAAAUUGUCCAAUUUUUCUGAAAAUCAAAGUUCAUUCUCGUCCGAAAAUUUGACGGACGAUGAUAUCGAUACAGCUCUUGAACUUAUGCAACGACCAGCAAUUAUUGAUCCACAAGUUUGGAAAUAUCUCAGAGAAAAGAGUCGUAAGAUUAGCGGUGCCAUUCUUCAUGCUUUUCAAAGAUCACUAGUCGAAUAUGUUAUUGAGAGUAUGUUACUUGUUCAAAAUGAAGAGCUUUAUGACAAAUAUAUUAAAUGUGCGGUUCAUGGUGAAGAAAUGGUACUUUUCCAUGGAACGAAGAGUGCUAAUAUGGAUGGUAUAUUUGAUAUGAAUUUUAAAAAUCUACAUACGACCGACUCAGGUUGGUAUGGUCAAGGAAUAUAUUUCAGUAGUUCACCUGAAUAUUGUGUUACCUAUGCGGAAAAAUCGUCUGGAAGCAGCAUCAUGUACUUAAUAUGCAGCCUUGUAAAAGUGGGUAACUCACAUACUGUCAAAGAUAUGUUCUAUGAGGGAAAACCGAUGCAUGCCGGCUCGGACUCUCAUUAUGUGAAAGUCGAUGCAAAAGGCUAUCCAACUAAAGCAGACAACUCCUUUUUCGAGGAGUUUGUUAUCAAAAAGAGUGACCAAAUUCUUCCACUCUACAUUGUCGGUCUACGCAAAGUUCAUCGAUUUGUUCUCUGGCGCGAUGUCAAAAUUACCAAUAGUGAAAACAAUGCUCUAUUCGCACGGAUGAAAGAACGUUACAAUUUUAAUAUUUACGGAAGCGAAACAUCGACUGAUGCACUGGCUAUCUUGAAGUGCAAGCUAGACGAUCCGAAGAUGCAAUGUGUGAUAGCAACGAAUGGAACCGAUGACGGUGAAGACUUCGUACGUGAAUGUCGAAAGAUGCAGCCAUCGGUACCAAUUAUUGUCUACUGCAUGAAUGUUAGUUAUCAUCGAG